GGCAAAGAUUCCAUUUUGGAAAGUCAAUCUCUUUUUGUAUAGAUAUAAAAUAGCAAAAGUACGGUUCGGAGUCUUUUCUUUCUUAUUUGAAAUCCAAAUCGAAAUGCCUCAACUUGAUAAAUUAACUUAUUUCUCACAAUUUUUCUGGUUAUGUCUUCUCCUCUUUACUUUUUAUAUUCUCUUAUUUAAUAAUAAUAAUGGAAUACUUGGAAUUAGUAGAAUUCUCAAACUACGGAACCAACUGCUUUCGCGCCGGGGGGGCGAGAUCCAGAGCAAGGACCCUAAGAAUCUGGAAGAUAUCUCGAGAAAAGGUUUUAGCACCGGUCUCUCAUAUAUGUACUCCAGUUUAUCCGAAGUAUCCCAAUGGUGUAAGACCGUCGACUAUUUGGGAAAAAGGAGGAAAAUCACUCUGAUCUCUGAUUUCGGAGAAAUAAGUGGCUCACGAGGAAUGGAGAGACAGAUUCUCUAUUUGAUCUCGAAGUCCUCAUAUAACACUUCUUCCAGUCGGAUCACUUGUUGGAAAAACAUAAUGCUCACACAUGUUCCACACGGGCAAGGAAGCAUAGUAUUAUGAUGAAAAUGAAUGGAAUACUCGGCAGAAUAGGAAUAUUCCUAUUAAUGAUUGUGACAGCUUUUAUAGGAUACGUACCACCUUGGGGUCAGAUGAGCUUUUGGGGAGCAACAGUAAUUACAAGCUUAGCUAGCGCCAUACCAGUAGUAGGAGAUACCAUAGUGACUUGGCUUUGGGGUGGUUUCUCCGUGGACAAUGCCACCUUAAAUCGUUUUUUUAGUCUCCAUCAUUUACUCGCCCUUGUUCUUCCUUUUGAUUUAAACGUUCUCCCCCCGGGAGCUGCAGAAUUCUGGCAGGGGCAGCCCCCUUUUCCAGAUCAUGAAAAUGUGGUGGAGAGUGAUGAUUCAUCAACUGAUUCAUCAGGGAGUUCAUCUGAUGAUUCAUCAACUGAUUCAUCAGGGAGUUCAUCUGAUGAUUCAUCAACUGAUUCAUCGGAUCUCGACAUGGAUUAUGAUGAGCUAACUGAUGAUUCAUCAACUGAUUCAUCAGGGAGUUCAUCUGAUGAUAUGGACUGCUCUGAAGGAACACCCCCCCCUGAAGGGAAUGAAAGCCGUCUGAUAAUCUUUCUAUAGGUUCCCCGAAGAGAAUGGAAAAAUCACAGAAACACUUUCUAUAUGUUCUGUUAUUUCGAGAUUCGAAGAAGCA